AACUUCUUGAAAGAGAGGUGCCUGGAGAAAGGAAGGUCUUCCACCACAAACAAGGCUCUUCUUCUCUCCAAAGAAGAUCGAAUUACAGGAACAACGCCAUUAUCUGACCUUCGAAUUUGCGCAUCAACAAAGCCUUCAAGAUGGCGGGAAUCUUUGGAUCAGCAGCGACGACAACCACGGCUGCAAAUACCCUGGGCGACCUCUCUCACGAUGUAGCUCUAGGCUCUCCACCAGAAGAUAGUGUAUCGGAUCUGUCCUUCUCUCCACAGUCUAUGCACCUGGCGGUAGCUUCUUGGGACAAGAAGGUUAGGAUUUACGAGAUUACCUCCACUGGGGGAAGUACAGGAAAGGCCUUCUUCGACUGUGAAGGCCCUGUUCUUAGCUGUGACUGGGCUCCUGACGGAACAAAGGUUGUUGGAGCAGGAGCUGACAAGGCGGCGCGCAUAAUCGAUCUUGGAGCUGGCACCAACACCUCUUCUCAAGUUGCUGCUCACGAUCAACCCAUUCGCUGCGUCAAAUACUUCCAGUCACCACAAGCUGCUGCGCCUAUGAUUGUUACUGGUUCUUGGGAUAAGACGAUCAAGUACUGGGACUUGCGCCAGUCCACAGCUGUAGCAACCGUGCAGUGUCAAGAACGAGUUUAUACCUUGGAUGUGAAGAAGAACCUCUUGGUUAUUGGAACGGCGGACCGCUACAUCAAUGUCGUCAGCCUCAAUGAUCCCACCAAGUUUUACAAGACAAUCCAGAGUCCGUUGAAAUGGCAGACCAGGGUUGUGAGCUGCUUCACAGACGCUACUGGUUUUGCAGUGGGAAGUAUUGAGGGAAGAUGUGCCAUCCAAUAUGUUGAAGAGAAAGAUGCCAGCUCAAACUUCUCUUUCAAAUGCCACCGCGACCCUCCCCAAAACAACAUGACAAACGUCUACUCUGUAAACGCCAUCUCCUACCACCCAGUUCACGGCACAUUCAGUACAGCCGGCUCAGACGGGACCUUCCACUUCUGGGACGGAGUUGCGAAGCACCGUCUAAAGGGAUACCCCGCUACCGGAGGCACCAUAUCAGCAACAGCUUUCGACUCCAAGGGAGAUAUUUUCGCGUAUGCAGUUAGUUACGACUGGAGCAAGGGAUAUGCUUCGAAUACCCCGCAAUACCCCAACAAGAUCAUGAUGCAUCCUGUUGGUGCGGAAGAGUGUAAGCCACGUCCAACUGUUAAGAAGCGGUAGGCGAGGCGCGAGAAGUGUAAAGUGGGCGGCUAGAAGGACGGAAGAAUGAAUUCUAUGAUUUUCAAGAAGGAAUGAGAAUGCUUGGAGGAUCUUUUCGGCGCAGAUUGAGACAGCACGUGUGCUGCUACAUAGGCCAGAUUGUAUUCUAUGUUGUUGGUUAGGUUGCUUUGAUUUGCACUUGGUGGGUGGACAACUAGGGCUGGCAUGUGGAGAGGAGCAUGCAAAAUGGCGUUUCGGAUAUUGAAUUGCAGCGAACAAGAAUACCAAAAGCCCACAGAAGCUUAGA